CAAAAAAACGCGGGAAAUAGUAGUAAAUGAUCUGUCAAAAUCCCAGACAUCCUCGUGCUAACCCCCAAUCUUCAGAGUUUUACCCUAGCCUCUGAUGACUCCUCCAAAAGUAAAAUCAACCCAGCGCUUAUCAUCAAUAAGUUCAGUGUAAAUCCCGAAGCAUUUCCAAAAAUGUCGGACCCUGCAAACCCCUUGACGCAGCCUAAGGUGAGGUUUACCCAGGCUCCCGAGGAUUCCAAAGGCCUCGGACCUUUUCAAGGUCCUAAAAUUCGCGAGGUAGUGAUCUUGAAACACCCUGUGAAAUUAAUUCGCUCCGCCCAGGAAGAAAGCUCACUCUCAGAACCCGAAAAUGUCGUGCCAAAUCUCCGAAACCCACCAAGACCACUACAGCCUGAGGUAAAACCGAAUUCGUCAACCCUCCCAUCAUCCUCAGAGGAUUCCAGAAGACCCAAAAAACCCUCCCACGACUUGGACUAUCUCCAGAAGAAACUGGAAGAGCUCAAAAUGGCAGAUAAACAGAGGAAAAAACCACCUCAACCCACAAAAAAGCCUCCAGACCCAAAAAAAAUAGUCAACUCACCAGUAAGAAUUCCCUCAAAAUCCAUCCUGAAGCCUAAAAAUGCCCCAUCGACGCAGAAUAAGCCAGGAAGACCCUCGGGGAUUGACCGAAAAAUCGAAAACAAGGAGAACGUUAACAAGAAGGUGUUGAAUACAGUUCCAGCAAGAAUUGACGUAAAAAAAUCUAAAACAAUUGAUAAGAAAGAGAAUAAUUAUUCUUCUGUAUCGAAAGGACAUUUGACCAGUGUUAGAAAGCCUAGAGGUGGAGGAUGUCCUCCAAGAGAAGCCACAACUUCUGGAAGAAGGAGUUUGGGCCUGAUGCCAUGCAUGAAGGGGAAGAAAACACCCGAAACGAAGAGAAAUGAAGUCAAAGUCCUGAGGCGAGUGGCCAGACCCAUUCCCCAGGUGUUCGUUGGGCCUGGGGUUUUUAGGGACCGAGGAAAUGGAGAGGAGGGCGAUGAGAAGGUACCGAAGAUUGAUAGUGAACCUGGAGAUCUGCUGCGACGGCCUGAAUAUAACUCUAUCGUCUGCACUAUUAAAAAGUUGGAGGAGGUGAGGAGAAAAAAAGUUGUUGGGAAUUUAGACAAUCUUCCUGGGGGUUACAAGGAUCUCGUCAAUGGAAAGAUAUCGUCAGCGCUCGAUAUUCCCCCGUCCGAAUCAGUUUACCACGACUUGGUGGAUAUCAGUGUUGACGAGAAACAAUUGCCUAUGAGAUUGACAAGGAGCAAGGAUCCAGAGCCACGGCCCAAAGACUUCAUUCCAAAUCUGUCCGAUUUUUUCAUUCCCCAGUAUCCAAAGGAGUAUUCCGAGGCCUUCAGAAUCAGACCCAGAACUUCAGAGAGCAUCGAUGAAUGGAGUGGAUUUAGCGUCAGCGAUAAAAUUAACCAUUGGAAAAUGUCCCUGGACGAGCCGACGAUUUAAAUCAGCUAAAUGUAACGAAAAAUGUGUCCUUUAAAUACAGUAUAUUUUCUACUUUUUUAUAAAUUGUUAACGAAACAAUAUUUUCGGGAAAUGAAAAUUUAAUGCGUAAUUUGUAAUUUCCGAAAAG